GCUUUCUAACCGGAUGCUGCAACCUUUGCUUGGACUUCAUGGACGUCCUGCUUCGAGUGCUGGGUCCUUUGCUGGUCGUGCUUGCCGUGUCCCUGAUCUCCUUUGUCGCGUACACGUUCUUCACUGUGCUGAUUCCAUACUUUGCGGAUGGAGGAACUCCCUUGCCGUUGCUGCUGGCUGAGUUGGCACUGGGUUGCUUUUUGCUGGUCAAUCUGUUGUAUAACUACGCCAUGGCCAUUUGCCUCAAUGCUGGCACACCACCUGAAAGUGCAGGUGACAGUGCAAAGGAUGCAGAGCUGGGUGUUGUUGGCUUUGGUUGUACCAAAGAGUGCCAAAAGUGCUUUCGCUCCAAGCCACCCCGGGCGCACCACUGCAGUGUGUGCAAGCGAUGCGUGCUGAAGAUGGACCAUCAUUGUCCAUGGAUCAACAAUUGCGUCGGCUUCAACAACUACAGGUACUUUUGCCUGUUCAUGCUCUACCUUGCCUUGGGCUGUUUGUAUGUUGUCGUCAUGGGCUACCACCUUUUCUUACGAUCUGUAGUACCUUUGAGGCGGAGGCCAGCCAAGAUGAGUUUUGCAGAUGCUCAGUGCAUGACACUCUCCUGGCUCAUCUCUCUUUGUAUCUUCCUUGCGCUGUGUCUGCUGGGAGGCUUCCACCUGUACUUGGUUCUGACGAACCAGACCACCAUUGAGUUUCACGUCAACCUGACGAAUCGGCAUCUUGCCAGACGGAAGGGCGAAAGCUACAGGAAUCCGUAUGAUUUGGGCUGGUCUCGAAACUUCCAGCAGGUAUUUGGACCGAACAAGUUCUUCCACUUCCUGUGGAUGAUGCCGUACUUGGCCAAGAGGCCGAUGGCUUGGCUUGAAUUCGCGGUGAGUCUUGUGGAGCUGAAGGUUGCCAAAGAGGAGGGCUUUCAUUUGCCUGGUGGCAAUGCUGACACAAAUUCUGCUUUGAUUGCCUUUUCGGGCACAAAGCCUUUGGAUUUGAAAGCGGCUCGUGCGCGGUCACAAGGAUGUUUAAGGCCUGGAGGCGCUCUUGACCGAGUGCUGAAGCUUCGGAAGGAGAACGACCUUGAGCGGCUCAUAGAUGUCUUGGUGCGAGCAGCACCUGAUCAGCGACAUGAUGCUCUGAGAUACUUCAAGCAACCGUACAACGCCCACAGAGCGAAAAUGGCUCCUAGAUACAUCGAUGAGGACCAUCGCAGGAGAUUGGUACUGCAAGUGCUGAAAAGGUAUCCUGUGUGUGAUAUUUACGAUUUGGUCCGAGUCGAUGAGAAGCUUUGGGCCAACAUCAGCCGUGAAUUGGGUGGCCUCAGCUAUGGAGUCGCUAUGAAGGCUGCUAUGGAUGUAAUUGCAGAGUCGAUGACGCCUCUGGAGCGUGCCACCUUUUGGGCUUCUGUUGGCACACGGCAGCGGGCUGCAGAUCAAGGGCGAAGCGUUGUUUUUGCAGCUCAAGACAGUCCUCAGCAGCCGCUACAUUUCUGA